GUUUCCCUGCUGCUGCACAGGUUUGCUGUGAGUGUUGGCUACUGGAAGGACCCUUACAUCCAGCAUUUUGUGAGACAAGCCAAAGAGAGGAAGGCACCUGAGAUCAACAGAGGUUAUUAUGCUCGGGUGCACGGGGUCAGUUACCUGAUCAAGGCUUUCCUGCAGAAGACACAAUGCAACUCUCAGAUUGUCAACCUCGGCGCUGGCAUGGACACCCUGUUCUGGAGGCUGAAGGAUGAAAAUCUCCUCCCUAGGAAAUAUUUUGAAGUGGAUUUCCCAAUGAUCGUUGCAAGAAAAAUACACAAUAUCAAAUCAAAACCUCCCCUGUCAAAACCAAUUAUGGAAUCCCAUUCAGGGGACUCUCUUCUAAUAGAUUCCCACAGCCUGGACUCCAGUCGAUAUUCCAUAGUAGGGGCAGACCUCCGUUCCUCCUCAGAUCUGGAGGAGAAGCUGAGGAAACACAGCUUGGACACACAUUUGCCAACGCUGCUGGUGGCCGAGUGUGUGCUGGUUUACAUGACCCCCCAGCAGUCUGCAAGCCUGCUCAAGUGGGCAGCAAGCACCUUCCCCGUGGCCAUGGUUAUCAAUUAUGAGCAGGUGAACAUGAGGGACCGCUUCGGGCAGAUCAUGAUCGAGAACCUGCAGCGCCGGCACUGCAACCUGGCUGGGGUGGAGCUCUGCAGCUCCCUGGACUCCCAGAGGGAACGGCUGCUGGGGAGUGGCUGGGACAAUGCCCAUGCUGUGGAUAUGAUGAAGGUGUACAGCUUCCUGCCACAGGCUGAUGUCAGAAGAAUAGAAGCCCUUGAAUUCCUGGAUGAAAAGGAGCUGUUUGAGCAGCUGAUGCAGCACUACUGCAUCUGCUGGGCUUCCAAGGACAGCAGCAACCUGGGUCUGGCAAACAUUGAUUUCUGAGGGCAGCAGGGAGGGAGCCCUGGGAGCCCAGGGCUCAGGAUGGACAUGCACAGGAUGGAUUUGCACGUGCCAGCCCAGGGCUGAGCCUGGGACACUCCUGGUGCUGCUGCUGGGGACGGGCUGGAGCUGUGGGUGCAUCCAAGGGACAUGGAACAUUGAACAUUGCAUCCCAGGGACAUUUCUGUGGGCAGGACGUGCUCCCGUUCCCAGCUCUUCAGUGGUGGACUUGCACAAGGUGUCAGUAACUCCUGUUCCAAGCUUGCCUUCCUUAGUUUCCAACCGAAAGUCAAGUGUUCGUGGGUUCUUUGAUUUGCCUCUGUGUGUGUUUGUGGCUGUGUAACACGUGCUUGUGGCAGGGAGCUGGGGGUGGCUGAGCAGGAGGGAAUUCUGUGCAUUUCUGUUCUGUUCAGGUCUCGUUGGAUGAAGUGUUGGCUGCACUGCCCUGCAGGGCUCUCACUGCUGCCAGGGGAAGGGUGGAGGGCAAGGAGGGCCCUGGCUGUGUUCAGGGAUGUACAAGAAACUGGAAAAGAGACUCGAUUUAACUGGGAAGGGCUCAGCCUGCUGUGUCAGCACUGGCAUGCUGAAGGAAGAAAUGAAUCUCAAUUUGCACUGCUCCUGGUAGUAUCUCUACACCAGUUCCUUCUCUCUCCCCUUAAAAGAAGCAAAACAAAAUCCCAACAGCAAUGAAAACCCUUGUCCUCUUGUUUGAAAUUGAAUCUUGCAACCUUCCUAUGAAAAAAAUAAUAAAUGUUUAGUAUUUAUAA